AUGGAGAAGUACGGCCAAUACCGAGAUAGAGGGUCUGGUAUUGCUCCCUUCUUCCCAAUCUCGCCGCCACCCAGCAGCCCACUUCUACUGCCAUGGCACGUCUUCCUGGUCUGCAUCCGCAUUCCCCUCCUCACCUUCGCUUGGCUGGUCUGGCUCUGCCUCAUCCAAUGGCUGCCAGCGGGAAGCGCUCUGCGGAAGGCGAACCAGUGGUGCCUGCUCGGGAUCCCGGGUGUCUGGUGGAUCGACAUUCAGGUUGACGGUGUCCGGAGAGGCUCGCUGGCACAGACUCCAGGAGGCCGCUUACCGUAUCCCGGCACGAUUAUAGCGUCCUCUCACACCUCGCCGUUGGACGUUCUGUAUCUCGCAGCCAUCUUCGACCCUGUUUUCACGGAAAGCUACCGCAACAGCAAGCAGGUGCGACCCAUUUCACAAGAGACCGCGCUCGCCAACUGCUUCAGCGUGACAAACCCUCUCGCUCUCGGUACAGAGCUGGAGACUUUCGAACUCGAGAUGCUCGUAAGGCGCAACCCAGGUCGGAUUAUUGUCGUCUUUCCCGAGGCAACAACAAGCAAUGGACGAGGUAUACUCAACCUCUCACCAUCUCUGCUGUCAGCGGCGAAAGACAUCAAGAUCUUCCCGAUUUCCCUCCGCUAUACGCCAUCAGACGUUGUCACGCCGAUCCCAGGCUGGCUUGAGGCCUUCCGUUUCAUUUGGCGUCUUAACAGCCGGCCGUCCCACUGUAUCCGGGUCCGGAUUGGCAAAGCUUUGACGAUCUCCACACCUUCCACCUUUGACUCGCUAGAAGAUGGGUCUCCAGCUAGCAAGGCCAAGCUACGAGCAACUGCAGACCGAGCCAGCGUUGGGCGUGGCAGCUUCGAGGCUAACUUCUUCGACACACUGCAGGCUACGUCUGCGCAAAAGGUCUCUGGAGAGAGCGAGACGGAUGAUGACGACGGUAUCUCUGCAACCGAGAAGAGAGCUUUGGAUGCCGUAGCGGACGAUCUUGCGCGGCUAGGCAGGGUCAAGAGGGUUAGCCUGGGUGUGGAGGAAAAGGCGAAGUUCUUGCAAGCAUGGGAGAAAGGCCGACAGAGCAGGAAGUGA